AUGGCUCCUGUCUCGUUACCUCCAGGUUUCAGAUUUCAUCCAACGGAUGAAGAGCUAAUUACUUACUAUCUAAAAAGAAAAAUCAACGGUCUAGAAAUUGAACUUGAGGUUAUCGCAGAAGUUGAUCUCUACAAGUGUGAGCCAUGGGACUUACCAGGCAAGUCAUUGCUUCCGAGCAAAGACCAAGAAUGGUACUUCUUCAGCCCACGGGACCGGAAGUAUCCCAACGGUUCAAGGACAAACAGGGCAACCAAAGGUGGAUAUUGGAAGGCGACUGGUAAAGACCGCCGGGUUAGUUGGAGAGACCGAGCCAUUGGAACCAAGAAGACAUUGGUGUACUACCGUGGUCGAGCACCACACGGUAUUAGAACCGGUUGGGUCAUGCAUGAGUAUCGACUCGAUGAAACUGAAUGCGAUCCUUCUGCAUACGGCAUGCAGGAUGCGUAUGCACUUUGUCGUGUAUUUAAAAAGAUUGUGAUUGAAGCUAAGCCAAGAGAUCAGCAUCGGUCUUACGUCCACGCGAUGUCGAAUGUGAGUGGAAAUUCGAGUUUUGACGCUUGUUCAGAUGUAGAGAUCAGUUCAGCUAAUCACCAACUUCAAAGCGCAUUCCAACCGCGAUUUGGAAAUGGACGUUUCAACUCAAACGCAAUCAGUAACGAAGGCUGGUCUCAAUACCACGGUUCUUCUUAUGGACCUUUUCCAACUCCAUAUAAGGUUAAUAGCGAGAUCGAAUGCUCAAUGUUACAACACAAUAUAUCUCUACCACCGCUGCGUGUAGAGAAUUCCACAGUCAGAGAUUGUGAUUUCUUCACGAGUAUGACUCAAAACAACGAUCCUUCCGUUUUGGAGGACUUUUCUUUCGCUGCAAGUAACUCCAACCAUUAUAAUAGCGUUAAUGAUCAAGUGAUCCACAUAGGCAAUUAUGAUGAACCUUUACUAAUGCCAAAUCAUCAUAUGAACCAGGAUUAUAUAGAAGAGCAGAAGAUCAUAUCGGGUCUGAAUGAUAUUCACCAAGAUCAUGGAUUUCAGGGAAUCAGUACAAAUAGCAACAUAGAUAUCGAUGAUUUAUUCUCGUUUGAUAUAUAUAACGAGGAAAACGUAAACCGAAUAGAAGGCAAUGAAGAAGACGUGAAUACAAAUGAAACCCUUGAUUCAUCGGGAUUUGAGGUGGUUGAAGAAGAAAUUAGGUUUAGCAACCAAAUGCUCAUCUCGACAUAUCAAACAACGAAGAUUCUAUAUCACCAAGUCGUACCUUCUCACACGUUGAAAGUUCACAUCAAUCCUACUAAUCACAAUGUGGAAGAGAGAACCUUGUUCAUUGAAGAAGACAAAGAUUCUUGGUUACAAAGAGCUGAGAAGAUCACGAAGACAAAACUAACUCUUGUUAGUCUAGUGGCUCAACAAUAUUACAAAUGUCUUGCGAUUUUUUUCUGAUUUUUAAAUUAUUCAUUGAUUUAAAUACGCCUUGAAAAAUGGGCGUCUAUAUGUACUAUA